UCAUACAUUAUCUGUGAAGGUGCGAUAUGCAUAUUCUAUAAAAUUUUGCGAAUGUGGGCGCGCGGUAGUUUAAUACUAGGCUGAUUAUUUGAAGUAUUGCGUUAUAUGCAGUCCAGACGCUCUCACAGUAUCACGGUAAUCUUUAUGAACAGACAGAUUCAACAUAGUAUGAGUAGACAGCAUAAUUAAUAAUUGACGUCAUGGUGCGGAAAGUCGACAUCAAAUCGAUUGUGUUAGAGACAGAUGAGCUAAAUAUCUUGGAGAGAAAAAAGGUUAACUGUAAUGUAAAGAUCUGUGAUGUGAUUGGAUGCCACUCAUGUGAAAAACCCACCGGGUUCCUGUCCAGUCUGUUUUCACUACCCCCGAACAUUGUCAUCCGGUACAUUUCCAAAGGACCAAAGUACAAAUGGACAGUUGAGACUGUGGAGGUAACGGGGUCAGAGAAGGAGUGUGAGGCUCUCAAGAACAGGAUAAAUGAAAAACUGGGUCAAGAUAAAGAAAGACCCAAGAAACUAGGAAUAUUUAUCAACCCCAUAGGAGGAAAUCAGAACUCUCUAGAUAUAUACAGCAGAGUUGUUUCCCCAUUGUUCAAAGCUGCAAACAUCACAUGCGAUGUCCUAGUUUCUGAGCGUCCAAAACAUAUGAUUGAGUUGAUUGGCGGGUUUGAUACAGCUUGUGUUGACGGAUUGGUUGUCAUUGGUGGCGAUGGAACUCUGCUUGAGAUUUUAAACGUUCUGCUGACCAAGGUUCAGAAAGAGGCUGGAGUGGAUUACGACCAGCCGACCAGUAAACUAAAACCGCUGGAGGUUCCGAUUGGAGUGAUUCCAACAGGCACUGGAAAUGGUUUUGCUAACGGGUUGUAUGGCAAUAUCGAUAUCGUCACUGCUGUUCUUCACACCAUUAAAGGUAGGACAAAUUAUAACAACAUCCAGGGAAUAUACACAGGAGGGAAGAUGGCAUCCUUCAGUGCUGUCGUGAUUGGGUGCGGUUUGUUCUCGGACUUAAUCUAUCACACUGACAAACAGAGGUGGCUGAAAAGGGCAAGAUAUGUGGUUGUACCAAUUUAUCGGCUAUUUUUAAAAGGUCAGAGGGUAUUCAACGCAAAAGUUACCAUUUUCCCUAUAAAGCCGAGUUCAGACGGUCAAGGAAACACAGGCGGUGAUGAAUCAGGGUCAACAGAGGAGACAGAGGGAGAGAUUUGUGGAGUAGUCUCCUUUGGCGGUGAUCUACUGUACUGUGUAUCUGAAUCAAAAUUGGACUAUGUUGAAAUGACCCGGUACAGCAGGAAGAUUGACGGUUUCUGCCUUCUGAUAUACCGAGAGACGGGAAAAUUCUCAUUCAUGUCUCAUUUCUUCCAGUUAAUGUCCUUGUCACGGUCUGCAUUUGAGAGGGAUUUUUUGUCGCGGUACACAGUUCGAGGCUACAAAGUGAAACUUUUGGAUCGUAGAGAGUUUCAGGACCCAAACUCCGAUGAAGCACAAAUCGAGAAAAUCAUCGAUGUGGACGGUGAACUGAUAGAAAUUGUAGACGGAGAAUAUGAAGUUUGGAAUCACAUGAAGAUGGCAAAGUUCUAUACUUGUUAUUAAGAACUGAAGUUUAUAGUUUUGAAUCAUCAAUACCUCGAGUACCAGGAACAAACAAACCUCAGAUGUACGAUUUCGUGUAGACUUUAUAUUUAACAUGUAUUUCUGUGUAUGGUUUUAUGGAAAAUUAAUCAGAUAUUGUAUUUGUAUGAAACUAGUAGAAAAUUGUUGUUGUCUAGCAUUGUAUUAUACAGUAUUUAUAUCCCUAUUGUUUUUGCCUUUGAUAUAUUUUCGAAUGAUAGUGAGAGCCAUUUCCUAAUGAAUGCGUUGCAGUUGUGAACAAUGCGUGUAUGAAUCUUGAUGAAUGGAGUAUGUCUAUUCUAUUUUAAUGGCUGGGAAUUCCCUUUUCAGGAAUAGAUCACGCUGUUCUCUGUGUAUUAGACUCAUGUGUAUUAUACUAUUGCUUUCCAUCGUAAUUUGACGUAUAUUCUUAUAUAUGUAUUCUAUGACGUAUAAAACAUUGCAAUAUUAUACAAAUUUUGAUCUAUAAGCGAAACUCUUUAUUUUUAUUCGUUAAUCUUGAUAUUUAUAAGGGAUAUAUUGAUUUAAAUUCGAUAAUCUUGCUAUGUACAUUUAUAUGCAAAAAUCUUUAUUUAUAUUCCAUAAAUCUUGAUCAAUGCUUGAUAAAUCUUUAUGUUCAUUAUAUAUUCGAUAAAUCUUGAUUCAUAUUCAA